GUGGAACAUUUGGCUCUGUGUCUCAGACAGGAAGUGGUGGGAGGGAAGUAGCUAUUGCUGCUGGAAAUGAGGCCUGCAGGAGCUGUUUCUGUAGCCCAGAUGCCUUUAGUGAGCUGAUAGCCAGGCCAGUUUCAGUGGAGUCCUAAGUAACGAUCUGUCUGGCGCUAGGAGCAUUGCCCAGACUCUGAGGAUGACCCUGGAAUGACUGAGUGCGUUGGAGCCGGUACUCCAUUCCACAGAGGUGCAGCGAUCCCCCAUCUGUUAGGAGUCAUAUUAAGGUAGUUUUAAGUCUCUGUUGCUUGGGAGCAAGGAUUUUACAGGUGUUCAACGAGGCAUUUAAAAUUUCCCAGGCCACUGUAGUUCCACGCAGCCCAGAAUCUAACAAGAGUGAAAUCCCAUCAGGCCUUUUAGUUGCAGGCUGAUGACUGUUUCUUAGGGGCAGCUAGGAAUGGAUAAGUUCUUGGUCAAAAGGCCUUCCCCAGGCAAGAACAAACAAGAACCCUUAGAGAUGAAGGGAGGAGGGCUGGAUUGCAUGAGAGAUGGGGGAGAGAAGAAAAGGCCCCGGUCAGAAAUGCCAGGUGCAGAUGAGUCCUUGGUGCAUUCUCCAUGGAAGCAAAUCCGGGCUGAGGGUCUGAACUGCGAUUACAAGAUCCUGUUCGGCAACACUGAGGCUGACAAGAUUUUCCAGGAGCUGGAAAAGGAAGUGGAAUAUUUUGAAGGUGAUCUUACCAAAGUGCAAGUGUUUGGCAAAUGGCACAACAUCCCAAGGAAGCAGGUGACAUAUGGAGAUCCUGAGUUAACAUACACUUACUCAGGUGUUACCUUUUCUCCUAAGCUAUGGAUUCCAGUUCUCAACUGUAUCAGAGAGCGCAUCACCCUGGCCACUGGACACACUUUUAAUUUUGUUCUUAUUAACAGAUAUAAAGAUGGCUGUGAUCACAUGGGUGAACAUCGAGAUGACGAGAGAGAAUUGGUUCCACGGAGUCCCAUCGCAUCAGUGUCCUUUGGAGCCUGCAGGGACUUUUUCUUCAGGCACGGUGCUUCCCGAGGGAAAAACGCCUCAUGCCACAUUGAGCCAGUCAAGCUACAGCUGGCCCAUGGCAGUUUACUAAUGAUGAACUACCCCACCAAUGUGUACUGGUAUCACAGCCUGCCCACCCGCAAGAAGGUGCUAGCCCCAAGAAUCAACCUGACGUUUCGGAAAGUAAUGGCUUUACCAAAAAAAUGAAGUUAUUUAACAACCUAAGGUCUAGCUUGAACAGCUCCUUUUACCUCUGAAAAUGAGAACUUUCUUUCCAUGUCAUAAGUCAAUUUCUCUUUCAAACACUGCCUUUUCCUUUGCAUAUAUAGCAAGAGAUAGGAACCUUGCUGUGGUGCAAGCUUUGUCACAUGAGUGUAUUUAAAUUAGGAAAGCAAACGGGGAAUAACAUGCAGUUGUUUAGAUACAAAUACGGCAACCAUUUGAUCUUGGAUGUCAAAAUUAUUUUCCUACAGCCAAGCGCUCUUGUAGCCUGAUGGUAUAUUUUUCUACAGCUAUUCUCCUUGGUUCAGAAGGGAGGUUUAUUUUUAAGUCUGUGGUAGUCCUAUCAGUGAGUAUGCCUUGUUUUUUGUUUUUAAGUCUCUACUAAAUACUAACGUAGCAUAGAAUCUAAUAAUUCAGUAAGUCUGCAAUGUAUGGGAGCGCAUGACUGCUCUACAAAUGAGUCAUGUAUAUUUUUUUAAAUAAAACAAGAUUCUUCUACGAGAAGGGUAUGCUAAUUGU